AUGGAUCUCGAGCCAGAUUCGACGUCCAUCACCGUUGCGAGGGAGGUGGUGACAGCGAGCGACGAGGACCUGCCAUCACGAAGGGUGCGAAAAUCAUCGGCGAAAGCUCGACUAAACCAGACCCACCAAGAGAAAACCGACAAUGCGAUCGAGGGAGCGACCGAGAUGGUUGGUGGUGGCCGGCGGACGACCACCUCUCGAGCUGCAACCCUGGCCAAGGAACGCGCGAAAGCCGUUGAGGAUGACGAUAAAACGCUACUCCUGACGAUGGGCAGGCAGAUCAAAGAGCUUCACGCAGCGAUCAAGAUCAUGUUCGAUGCGUGGAAGAAGUCGGAAACAUGGAAUAAGAACGUUGAGGCAGAGCUUCGCCUGGUCACCGCAGAGUUGCAGACAAUGAAGAGCGAGCUACAGGCUGUCAAAGGAGAGCUACAAGCGAUGAAGCAACGCGUGGAGGACGAAAGCGCCAAGACGAACGAAAACCUCGAAGCAAUCGCUACAGUGGCUGCGACGCGGAACAGUCCAAGGGUGUCGUAUGCGGACGUCGCCCGAAGCGGCUCGGGUGAGCAAGGCCGCGACUCGCAGGCAGCCACGCCGGGCAACGCGACGCUACCGAGCCGUAGUGACCCCUUAUACUGUACGAUUGACGCAUCACGAGUCGAAGAAGGCAGCGAUAAGCCCAACGCAGGCCGUAUUCGGGCCGCGGUGGAGAAGGAGGUGCGCACGAUGGAUGGACAGGGUAGCUGGCGCUGUCGGGCCAUCACAGUAGACCCAAAGAACGCGGAUAGAAUCCGGAUCAUUUGCCGCGAUGAUUCUGAGCACAAGCUUGUCAAGCAGAUCGCGGAGAAGAGCUUCGGUCCUGGAACCCGAGUCCUGCGAGACGAACUCUACCCCGUGAAGGUCGAUAACGUGAGGCGAACUGAGGUACUGGACGAGAAGGGCAACGUCAGAGCCGAGGCGGCGGAGACACUUAGCCGAGAAAACGAGGCCACCGUUGCCAAGAUAUCUUGGCUUAGCAAGAAAGACAUGCCCAAGGCGUAUGGGUCCAUGGUCGUGUUCGUGACCAAGGCCAGUGAUGCGCGUAGACUGAUCUCCGAGGGCUUCUUCUACGUUGGAGGAGAGUCCGGCACGACGAUGGCGUUUGAACGGCGGUCGCGUCCUCAACAAUGCUACAACUGCCAGCAGAUUACCAGGCACAAGGCGUAUCAGUGCGAAAACCCCCGGGUGUGUGGACGCUGCGCCAAGAUUCUUCAGCUCAACGUGAGGAAACAGGAUGCCGUGCACGAGAGUUUGAUGAACGACGAGGCGUUGAGUGACUUCACGGCAAUAGCGGUGCAGGAACCGUGGGCGCGGAAGACAGAAGGUAAGGUCAUUACUGUUCCGAUGGGACAUAGCAGGUGGACGAGGAUGGUACCGACGGAGUGGAGGGACGAAGGAAGAUGGGGGAUCAGGAGUUUGCUGUGGGUGAGCAGAGACAUAGAGGCAGACCAGCUGCCCAUAGCAUCGCCGGACAUCACGGCGGCCGUUGUCCGGCUUCCGGAUCGACGAAUGCUGGUGGCAUCGGUGUAUGUGCCGGUGCAGAACCCGCCGAUGCUGCGGCAGGCGUGUGACCUACUGAGACAAGCCAUCAGGAACGUUCGAGGAGGGACAGGCGAAAGGGUAGACGUCGUCCUGGUAGGAGACUUCAAUCGCCACGACUACCUAUGGGGAGGCGACGAUGUGUCGGAGGACCGGCAAGGCGAGGCGGAUCCGAUCAUCGAUCUGAUGAGCGAGUACUCGCUUCGUAGCCGCCUUCCGCGGGGUACGAAGACGUGGGAGAAGAACGAGGCGGCAACGACGAUUGACCUGUCUCUUGCAUCUGAGGAGAUAGCCAGGACAGUAGUGCGAUGUGGGAUACAUCAGAAGGACCACGGCUCGGACCAUCGUGCGAUUGAGACGAUUUUCGACAUCGCGACACCCGAGACAGAAAGUCGUCCUCGACUACUACUGAAGAAUGCGCCGUGGAAGCAGAUCAGCGAGAGAAUAGAGUCGAAUCUUCGGCAGGUGCCGUUUGGAGGCACGGUGCAAGAGCAGACCGACCGAUUGAUGUCGGCUGUGUGUGAAGCAGUGGAGGCACUGACACCGACAGCCAAGCCGUCUCGAUAUGCCAAGAGAUGGUGGACGGCUGACCUCACCCAGCUCCGGCAGAUACACACAUAUUGGAGAAACCGGGCAAGGGCAGAGAGGAGAGCAGGCAACAGACGGCCGGAACUUGAAGAACGAGCACACACAGCAGCAAGGCAGCAUCACGAGGCUAUCCGUCAACAGAAGAAAAGCCAUUGGGAGGACUUUUUGGCAGACGACGCCAACAUCUGGAAGGCCGCGAAGUACCUCGACGCCAGUAAAGGGGCAUCCUUCGACAAGAUCCCCCAACUAAAAACAGCGGAUGGCUCUCCAACGGAAAACGCCAUGGAGCAGGCCGAGGAGCUGCUCUCCACAUUCUUCCCUCUUCUUCCGAGCAACAUCGAGGACGAGGGAGCACGGCCGCAGAGGUCGCCAGUUCCUUUCCCCGACCUCACGCUGGGAGAAAUAGAGAGACAGCUCUUUGCGGCAAAGUCGUGGAAAGCUCCCGGAGAGGACGGUUUGCCGGUGGCAGUGUGGAAGCACACAUGGCCGGUGGUGAAGCAGAGGGUGGGUGCACUCUUCCAGACGUCACUUAAUGAAGGGGUGUUGCCGAGGCAAUGGCGACACGCAAAGAUCAUCCCGCUGAAGAAACCAAACAAAAGCGACUACGGUAUAGCAAAGGCUUGGCGGCCGAUCUCGCUUCUCUCGACGCUCGGAAAGGUGCUGGAGUCGGUCCUGGCAGAGCGUAUCUCGUACGCUGUCGAGACCUUCGGCCUCCUUCCUGCAAGCCACUUCGGCGCUCGCAAACAGAGAUCGGCAGAGCAGGCGCUAGUACUACUACAGGAGUACAUCUACAGAGCGUGGAGGAAGCGAAAGGUGGUCAGUCUGGUCAGCUUCGAUGUCAAGGGAGCAUACAAUGGUGUGUACAAAGAGCGGCUACUUCAAAGACUCAAGGCACGGGGUAUCCCUGAGAAACUGGUGAAAUGGAUCGAUGCUUUCUGUUCCCAUCGUUCGGCAAGCAUCCUGGUCAACGGUCACGAGUCCGAGGCCCGCCCAUUACCACAAGCCGGGCUGCCUCAGGGCUCGCCGCUGUCACCCGUGCUCUUCCUCUUCUUCAACGCCGACCUCGUACAACACCAAAUCAACGAAAACGGGGGCGCGCUCGCCUUCGUCGAUGACUACACAGCAUGGGUCACCGGCCGAUCGCGCGAAGCAAACCGCCAGGGCAUCCAAGACAUCAUCGACCGAGCACUCGAGUGGGAACGACGAAGUGGAGCAACGUUCGAGACGGACAAGACGGCUAUCAUCCACUUCACGCGCAACUGGAGACUGCCGGCGGACUCGAACAGCUUCGUCAUCAAAAGUGACACCGUCCGACCAAAGGACCACGUCAAAGUACCAGGGGUGACGAUGGACACAAAACUUCGUUUUGAAAAGCACAUUGCAGACGCGACGACAAAAGGGCUGGAGGCUGUGCUGGGGCCCAGGCGGCUCAAAGGUCUGUCACCGGCGACGGCCAGGCGACUAUUCGUUGCGGCCGUAGCACCGACGAUGGACUAUGCGUCGAACAUCUGGAGGUACAGAUGCCGGGCAGCGCAGAUGACAGCGAUCAACCGGGUGCAGAGGAUUGGAGCCCAGGCGAUUAUAGGAACCUUCAAUACGGUCGCCACGGCGGUUGCUGAAGCGGAGGCAAGCAUACAAUCAGCACGAGAAAGAUACGACAGGAAGUCAACGACGUUUUGGGUGCGGAUGCGAAGUCUUCCCAAAACUCAUCCGCUGCGACGACUGCGGCCGGUGACCUUUAGACGGUUCCCAUCACCCUUCCAAUUGAUGGCGGAGGCCUUCCGUGACCAGCUUCUUGACAGGCUGGAGACUAUUGAAGCGUUUUUGAUGGCCCCAUGGGAAGAAACAAUGCACACAGCAGUCGACGACGACGCAGCCGAAGCAUCAGAGGCAGUCCAGUCGGGAUGGGCAGUGAGGAUAGCGACGGGGAGCUCGGCAAGGAACGGGGUUGUGGGGUAUGGAACAGCUACAACGCUACCCCUCUCAGUGAAAGGAGGCGGCGGCGUUAUGACGGCCUCACGCACACUCGCACUGAGAACAGAGCAGAACCCGUACGUUGCAGAGCUGGUAGCGCUGGCAGAAGCGGUGAAGGCUCUACCCCAGAGGCUUGACUACCGGGCCAUCCAUGUGUUCACCCGCAACAAAGCAGCUGUGUUAGCCAUCCGUAACCCGCGGCAGCAGUCAGGCCAACGAGAGAUCCGCCGAUUAUACGCCGGUGUGCAAGCUCUUCAGAGAAAAGGCAACAGAGUCACACUCUUCUGGUUUCCAUCAGCAAUAGAAGCAGACCUGUCGAAAGCGGCUAAAGCAGCAGCAAAGGAAAGCACGAGGCCAAGCAAGACAUCACAGAAGAAAGCUACUAGAGCUUACUCGACCGCUCUUAGGAUCGCUUUACGAAGCGUGCUGCAGAUGUACGGAGCUUUGCCCAACAACGUUGGAGCAUACUCGAAGAAGAUCGACGUGGCCUUGCCAGGAAAGCAUAUACGCGAGCUAUAUGACGGGCUCUCUUGGAAAGAAGCCAGUAUACUGGCGCAACUACGCACCGGCAUGGCAAGACUGAAUUGGUACCUGCACCAGAUCGGUGCGGCUGCCUCGGCGCAAUGCGCCUGCGGACAAGCGGUAGAAACGGUAGAGCACUUCCUCUUCCGCUGCACACAGUGGACGGCACAGCGGACUCGGAUGCUUCAGCAGACGGAAUCGCGUAGAGGGAACCUGUCGUACUUUCUCGGAGGAAAACGCGCGUCCGAUCCUGAUGAUUGGUCGCCAUGCGUAGACGUUAUCAAAGAGACGAUCAAGUUUGCCAUCAGUACGGAGAGGCUGGACGCACAGAUCAGCCAGCAGCGAGACCACACACGACCUACAUCAACACUCUAA